AUGCCCGAAUGUAAAGGAUACAUCGUGGGUGCCACUACUACUGCGCCCAGCCUCUCCCAGUGGAUUUUCCCCGUUUCGGCUCUCCAAAAUACUCCCAGCCGCACUACUUCUUCGAUUAGCCAGGACACAGAGCUAUAUGACAGGGCAAGAGGGAUCGAAUUCCUGUUCCGUCUCGGCGUUUCUCUACAAUUGCCUAUCUCUGCCAUGUACACUGCUGCUACGUGGUUCCACAGAUUCUAUAUGCGGUUCUCCAUGGAAGACUACCAUCGACAAGGGAGUGGGAGAAUAUUAUCUUCCGACCAGUAUUAUAACAUACUCGUUAUCAGGAUGUCGCCGCAUCAUGUUGCGAGAAUUGACAUUGCUGACAUUGCUGACGAUAGCAAAGAGCUGGAAGCCUACCAAACAGCGAUAUUACUAACCGAGGAGGCAUUACUGGAGGCUCUCUGCUUUGAUUUUGUUGUAGACAGCCCACACGCCGAGCUGGUUGACCUGUUCACGACGAGACGGGAAAGCAAUCAAUUUGAAGAAUGUGCUUGGUCUAUGGCAAACGACACAGCUCGGACACCCCUGUGCAUAUUGUACCCUCCGCGAAUCAUAGCUGCUGCGUGUUACAUACUUGCGCAAUAUGUUAUUGAAGGUCCCCAGUCGCCCUCGCUUGAUAUCCGGAUAGCUUCUCCCGCCCCAUCUACAUCCCUGCCCACGCCACCCUCCCAUAAGUUUGUGUCGCCAGACGCCUCUCGGUUUGCCGUAGAGUUCUUCGCGUUUAACGAAGUAGACUUAGUCAAUGUUGCUGGUUCGUGUUUAUCCUCUUCUAUUGAGGUAGCAUAUUCGAUUUCGCCUGCAGACGCUUUGACAAUCAUGCUCGAAUUUUACGCCGCUCAGGACUUGCAGAACAUUGCAGCCCACCUGUCUUCUGUGGCAUCGAUCCCUCCGCCGGGUAAUGCAUCCAGUCGACAGAAGCUAUAUAGCCCAUCAUCUGGACUCGCAAGUGCACAUCCUCAUCAAGCGCCGGUGUCGCGCGCUGAUUCCAAUCAAACACCGACGUCCCCUCCUGACGGGAAUACGCCGAAUAAUCUGCCGUCUGGAAGUUGGAAACCACUGCUCGGUGAUUUGAACGUAUCUGGUACAUAUAUGGUAGACACCCACGUCAUCUGUUCAUACUUGUGGGACAUCCUCAAUCAAGAGAAAGAGAUCUUCACACCUCCAAACCAUCACGGCAUCCAGGAGGCUGUCCUAGGCGCGAACCGGACGAAGAUCUACCAUAUAUAG